AUAAAACCUACCUUAAAAUGGGAGCAGUAAGCAGCAUGUUUUACAGUGGGCCUAAUGAUGUAUUGGCCAAUUUUAGUGAGAAAGAAUUUAGGACAUGAGUGGGAACCUUUAAGUAUUAUUUCAAGGAUCGUAUCAGCCAACAAAACUCUGAAAAUAAUGCUAUCAUUAACUAUUCCCUGAAGUUAACCAAUUUCACACACAUGCACGAUACUUUUGAAAUGCUUACAGCAGGAUUCUUGACCCUUUUCCUCUAUAGGAGUCCUGUAGGGACAAGAACAGAGGAUUUAUUCGUCAACUAUUUAGGCAAAUAAAAGGGGUCCUACUAUCUAUAGCUGUGCUGUCUUCGCCUUCAUGAUUUUUGUAUGGAGAAAGAUGGAUAGGUAUCCUAGACUCAACGUCAAUAAAUUAGUAAAUCCUUAUGACCCCAAUGGAGAAAUGAUGCUUCAAAUAAUCAUGAAAUUGUAUCCUCAUAAGGUCAAUCAUAAGUAUGUUGAUGAGAUGAGGUAUAAGUACGGGAUGAAGAUGCAGUCUAAUAUGGGGUAUACUCAGAAGUAUCCAUAUCAAGUGAAUGAGACUAUGCAUGACCAGCUUCAGCAACAAUUUCAGCAGCAGAUGGGUGUGUACCAGAAUCAGCCGAAUGCUACUCAUCACCAGUUAUCUAAUCCUUCUACUGGGAUGGUUCCUCCUGGAGCUCAUGGACAAGGAAUGGCUCAUCCUGGAAUGCAUGGACAAGGAAUGGCUCAUCCUGGAAUGCAUGGACAAGGGAUGAACCCUCAAGGACAGAUGAUCCACCAUCCUCAAAUGCAAAACAUAAAUCCUAAUGUUCCAAUUUAUGGUGGUCAGCCUGCCCAACAGCAUCAAAUAGCUCAAGUAGCUCAAACACCUCAAAAAGAAUCAGGAGUUCAUCAAAACUCUCAACCUAAAAAUACAACUCAAACAUCAUCAAAUAAGACUCCUAAAAAUGCUCAGAGUAAAGAAAAGUCAAAUCAGAGUGCUUUAGAGGAGCUAAAAACUAAAACUCAUGAUUCUCCAUAUCUCUCGCCAAACAAAGCUCUUUCUGGUAACCAUAAUACCCAGUAUUACAUCCCUGAGGAGUCUAAACUAAAUACCUCAAAUCUUGAACAGAAGCAUUCACCUUACCUCAUGAAUGGAGCUACUGGUUUCAGUGGGAGCUACAUGUCAGUCCCUCACCAUAAAGAGCAGGUUCACCAUAUUAACUACAAAGGUGUUUAUAGUAAUAUCUCUAGAGAAGUCAAAAAUGAUAAAUAA